AUGCAAGUCAACCUCAGUUCAGUAGAAAAAGAUACAUCAGCUAUACCACAGAAAAAUAUAAAUUACAACGAAAAACCCACUAAAUCACAGAACAUUGGAGAGCUAAGAACUUGGUUGUACACUCACACUCACGUUCACACACAUUAUGCUUGUCAACAUGGAGAUGUGAAUGAAGUAGAGUCGAUAGUAGUAAAUGGAGCCAAAGUGAAUGCUCCGGAUCGAAAUGGUCGCGUGUCCAUGCAUUACGCGUGUAUGAAUAUCAUUGAUUCUUCCAGGAUGAUACCAUUUUUGAUUAAAGAAGGUGCAAAAGUGGAUUCUCCAGAUGGGGAUGGUCGACUACCCAUUCACUAUGCCUGUGAACAUGGAGAUUUGGAUGUGGUGAAGUCAUUGGUAACGAAUGGUGCGAAACUGACGGUUCGGGACGGUGAUGGGCGACUACCGGUGGAUUACGCAAGUAAAAAUGAAGAGUAUGAUAAAGAACUUGAAACACCGCCAGAUAUUGUUAAUGCAUUUGGUGAAUUCUAUAUAAGCGUCUACGCCCGUCCACAUUCUACAAAUUUUAAUAUAAGAAACGAAGAGUCCAAUAAUCUGCAAAUAAAGAUUGAUGGGAUAUGUCUCAAGAGGAAAUAUUGGAAACUCAAUGACAGCCGGUGUGGAUAA